UUCCGGUUUGCAGACGUUUUUUGCAUCAGAAAUGUGUUUCUUCAGGAUAUAAUGACCAAUGGUCAAAUGGUCAGCCUUUUGAAUCUGUUAUGAAUCUUACUAGAUAAAGAUAUGGAAUAACAAAAUCUUAUCUUCAUCUUGGAACUUAACUCAGGAAUUGACAAACAUUUCAACAUGGCACAACUGUUUAAGAAAGUAUUCUCCAAAUAUUUAGUUGUGACCAAUACAGUUACCUGUGGCUGUCUGUUAGGAGCUGGUGAUCUAUUAACACAGAAUAUAGAACAGAGAUUCAUGCAUAGGAAAACAGAUGGAAGUGAAGGUGUUAAAAUCAACUGGAGUCGGACAGGGAGGAUGGUUUUAAUGGGUGUAAGUUUAGGACCAUUAACACAUUUAUGGUAUAGUCAUAUCAUAGAGAAGUUUAUUAAAGGAACAGGAAACAAGAUGGUGUUCAAGAAGAUAUUAGCUGACCAGUUAGUAGCAGGUCCUUGGUUUUGUUCUUCGUUUUUCUUUGGAAUGGGAUUGUUGGAAGGAAGAGGAGUACAAGGUGCUGUAGGAGAAGUAAAAGAAAAUUUCCUUCCAGUUUAUUUGGUAGACUGGUGCUUUUGGCCACCAGCACAGUUCAUCAACUUUAAAUAUGUACCAUUAGAGUAUAGAGUAGUCUUUGUAUGUACACUGACUUUAUGUUGGAACACAUUUUUAUCAUACAUGAAACAUAGGCAUGGAGAUUAUAAAGUUGAAGCCCCAGCAGUCCCUGUUAUAGAAAAUACUCAGUCUUAGUUUAUAUAUUUUUUAUAGUAAAAUCUCAAUUUUAUAGAUUUUUAUAUUUCGAAUUCCAAUGUAUAUUAUAUUAUAAAAAAAUUUGAUUGAACAAGAGUUAAGAAAACUCUAAAAGUUUAAUAUCAGGGAAAAUAUUUAUAGUAUUAUUUUGUAUAGCACAUUGUCUUUUGUACAAUUUUAUUGAUCUGCAGAUAUUUUUUAUAUAAACAGAUUUAGUGGUUUAUGAAAAUUGAUAAUAAUUAUCAAAUUUCUGUUUCCAAUAAUCCUUCAAAAAAUCCUUUUAAGAGUUGGCACAGCAGUUCUUUUUAACAAGUAGUUGAUUUGUGAUAAAGUUUUAACACAAUGAUUUUAAUAAUUUUUGUCGAGCCUGCAACUUUUGUUGCAGAAAGCUCUACAUAGGGAUAGUGAUGUGGCGGCGGCGGCGUUAGCUAACUUCUUUAAAACUUUAUAUUUUAAAAGGUUUUAGACCUGGAUGCUUCAUACUUCAAAUAUAGAUGCCUCAUGUUAAGAACUUUCCGUCAGUCACAUGUACAAUGUCCUUGAUCUCAUUUUCAUGGUUCAGUGACUACUUGAAAAAAAAGUUAAUAUUUUUUGUAAUGUUAAAUUCUCUCUUAUUAUAAGUAAUUGGAUAACUAUAUUUGGUAUGUGCAUACCUUGCAAGGUCCUCAUGCCCGUCAGACAGUUUUCACUUGACCUCGACCUCAUUUCAUGGAUCAGUGAACAAGGUUAAGUUUGGUGGUCAAGUCCAUAUCUCAGAUACUAUAAGCAAAAGGUCUAGUAUAUUCGGUGUAUGGAAGGACUGUAAGGUGUACAUGUCCAACUGGCAGGUGUCAUCUGACCUUGACCCCAUUUUCAUUUUCAUGGUUCAGUGGUUAUAGUUAAGUUUUUGUGUUUUGGUCUGUUUUUCUCAUACUUUAUGCAAUAGGUCUAUUAUAUUUGGUGUAUGGAAUGAUUGUAAGGUGUACAUGUCUAGUGGGCAGAUGCCAUCUGACCGUGACCUCAUUUUCAUGGUUCAGUGGUCAAAGUUAAGUUUUUAGGUUUUGGUCUUUUUAUCUAAUAUUAUAUGACAAAGGUCAACUAUAUUUAGUGUAUGGAAAUAUAUUAUGAUCUAUAUGUCAGUCCCGCAGUUUUUAUUUGACCAUGACCUCAAUUGCACAGUGUUAAUUUUUUGUGUUUUGGUCUAUUUUUCUUUAACUAUAAGUAAUAGGUCAACUAUAUUUGUUGUAUGGAAGCAUGUUAGCUGUACAUGUCUGCCUGGCAUGGUUCAUCUGACCUUGACCUCAUUUUAAUGGUUCAUUGGUCUUAGUUUAGCUAUCUUGGUUAUUGUAAAGUUGUAAUAAAGCUUUAUACUUAGGACUAUCAACAUAAUAUCAAUGAUUAAUGAAGAAGGCGAGACAUUUCAGUGUGUGCACUCUUGUUUUACUUCCAUAUAACAAAAAAAACACUUAAAAGCUGCUAAUUUUGACAGACAGCAUUUUUUAUUGGCAUAAUUCAUUGUAGUAUUUACAUUGUAAUUUUUAUUAUAUAAUGUUUUAUUUGACGGUUCAACAGGUUUGAGGUAAAUUUUAUCCUAAGUUGGAACCAAAAAAAGGGCCUCACUAUGGUUCCAGAUAUUUCAAUAUAUAGUCUGAUUUUGAAGAGGGUUUUUACUUGAAAUAACUAUAAGAUUCCUGACCUAUUCAGUUCUAUCCGUGAUAUACACCUAAUAAAAUUUUCAAGCUACAAUGGACCAAAGAGACUGGAAGAAGCACUUUAACAUGUAACAAAGAAUAUAUAUUUUUUCUAUCAGUUAAGAUAAAUUUUGUAAUUCACUUCCUUAUACCCUAAAAUUGCUUUUUUCAACAAUUUGUUAAGAGCUUGUUAAGGUUUCUUUGCUAUAAAAGGGUUUUUCAGUAAGUUAUCUAUAGAACUUCCUGCUUUAGACUGUCAUUCAAAUGUGUGAUAAGAGAACUUUAUGAAACCUAAUAAUAGAUAAAUAUGGUAUAUUGUAUUAAAUUUUUCAUGCAAAUUCAAUAAGGCUACUUUUGUAAAAAGUUUCCGGACAAUAGGAACAAAUUUUGCAAUACUUUGUUAAUUUCAAGAAAUAAAAAGACUAAAAAAAUCCAACUUAAACAUAGUUCAUGGAAUUAAACUAUUGUAUUCAGACAAUCACAAUGUCAAACAAAUACAACUGUGUACGCUACAAUAGAAGUGCAUACAUUUUAUUUAUUGCUGCAUCCUGUGGAUUCAUUUGUUUAUUGAUGGGUAUACAUUUUUUUUUGUAUUGUAGAAAACUAUCAUUUUCAUGGAUCUUUAAUUUCUUUGUUUUGGUAGUCUGCAUACAUUGCUGUAGAAACUUAUACUUGGUUGACUUUUAGAUUCGAGAUUCCCCUGUACCUACGAAAUCCAUGAAAAUUGAUGUCCAAUGAUGAAUCCAAAGUUUAUACCUGUUAUAUUACUUUUUCUACUAGCCUUAUACACUCAUUUUACUAAAAUCUACUGUGAAGUAAAACAUAAAAGUAUUAGAUGUGUGAAAUUACAAAUCUUUUCUAAAAAAUAUACAUGUAUAUGUUGCAUUAAAAGAUUCAAGGUUUCCUGCAGUCUGUCUUGGAUUAUUACAAAUUAGAUUAAAUAUCUAUAGAAGAGUGAAAACUUUAUAAGCUAAAAGAAAAACUCAUUUUGGUGCCCAUUGUUUUAAACAUUGAGCAAUUAUUUAUGCUUUCACCCCCACAAUCAGCUGGCUUAUCAAAAUAGGAGUUCCAGAAAAAAAAUGCUGUCACUUUUUAUUUAUAUUAUAUCAGUAUUAUUGAAACAGCAGUAAAAACUAUCCAAAAUUCUGUCUGCAAACUGCAUUUUCUUAUGGCAUUCUAUUGUUUUUUCCUGAGUAAUUUUAUUUUGAUACUUUCAUUAGUGUAUGCAGGAGUGCCUAAUUUCUUAUUGUAAUAAGGAAGUACUUUUAAGUUAUUUCUGUACUAUAAUAGUUAUAUUCUAGACAAUCUGAUACAAUGUAUUGUUGUAGUAAACAACAAUUUAAUUUGAAGUAUGUGUAUUUGAAGAUCUUAUCUGUUUUUGUGAAAUUAAGUCUUUCAUUAUUGGAAUAAAAUUGAAUUAUUUA